AUGUGCGAUGCCAGUGAUCAUGCUGUAAGGGCUGUAUUGGGGCAGCAAGUAGGGAAGGCAGCUCACGUCAUCUAUUAUGCAUCCCGCGCCCUGAAUGGGGCCCAAUUGAAUUACUCCACUACUGAGAAGGAGUUUCUUGCAGUUAUUUUUGCUUUAGAAAAAUUCAGGUCAUACUUGUUAGGUGCUAAAGUAAUUGUAUAUUCUGAUCAUGCAGCAUUAAGGUACCUAAUGACCAAGAAAGAUGCAAAAUCGAGGCUCAUCCGGUGGAUAUUGCUACUACAAGAAUUUGACUUGGAGAUAAGGGAUAAAAAAGGUUGGCCAAAAUCGAAGAGGGAUAAAUUGAAGAGCGACGCCAAAUAUUUUAUCUGGGAUGACCCGUACUUAUGGAAGAGAUGUGCAGAUCAAGUGAUGCGUAGAUGUGUGGAGGCCAAGACCACUCGGACUAAUGACUCGAAAGUAGUUGCAGAUUUUAUCCGGCCUAACAUUUUUGUGCGAUUUGGAAUGCCAAAAGCUAUUGUCAGUGAUAGGGGAACGCAUUUUUUCAAUAAAACCAUAGCUGCGUUAUUUCGCAAGUAUGGUGUACUCCACAGGGUCUCAACGUCGUACCAUCCCCAGACCAAUGGUCAAGCGGAGGUAUCGAAUCGGGAGAUUAAGUCCAUUUUUGAGAAAAUGGUAUGCCCCGAUAGGAAAUAUUGGAGUCAACGGUUGGAAGAUGCACUCUGGACCUAUCGGACGGCAUAUAAGACUCCUAUAGGGAUAUCGCUGUACAGUUGGUCAGAAGGUCCUCCUGUACCAAUCCAGGCUCAAGCUAUUUCCAGGUGUUCUUCUGUCAUGACGCGCCCGCGUGAUGACCUAUGGAGCGCUCACGAUCAGAAUCGUCAGAAGGGGUUCAUGCCCUCAUGA